AAUCAAUCUACUAGAAAUGGCCUCCAACCUACAGCGAUGGCCUCCAACAUGAAUGCACAAUUCGAUCCUGUUUCUAUGUCCUCGUGGGGGCACCACUCAUGCUGCCAGCCCAGCCGCUCGAAUUGAUAGCUUGGCAGCCAAAGUGCUGAAAACAGAGCCCAUGUGACAGCCAAAGUUGAGCAUUGCUCUAGCUGUUUAUUCAUGAGGCACGGGUGGUUUUGGUCCCAAGGUUCCACUUGUUACUCCCGUUGAGUGCAUUUGGCAGUCCAGGACUGUGGUCCUGGCGCUUUCCCUGUUUCUGGCUAUGCCAGAGGCUUCUGAAAUGCUUGCUGGUAUAGUUCGCCAGCAUGGUGGAACAGAUGCCGUAGAGGUUGUGAAGCAGCCUCUGCCAAAACCUGGACCUGGCGAAGCUCGAGUGCGGAUUGCCUUUGCCGGUGUGAACUUCAUUGACAUCUACUUGCGUGAGGGGGCCUACUCGUCGUCCCCUCCUUACAUACCCGGACUUGAAGGUGCUGGAGUGGUUGAAAGUACAGGUCCUGGGGCCGAAGUUUGGCUUGGACGCCGUGUGGCCUUCGUGCACAAAGGGGCCGGUGCCUAUUCUGAAUUCGCAGUGGUCCCGGUCACGCGGUUGGUGCCACUAGGAAAUGACGUUCAGCUUCAAGAUGCAGCAGCGGUGAUGCUACAGGGCCUGACGGCGCAAUACCUGUUGGAUGGCACCGUGCGCCUGGAGCGCAAUGACACGGUGUUGGUUCAUGCCGCAGCAGGUGGCACUGGGCGGUUAAUAGUGCAGGUUGCAAAGCUUCGUGGUUUGAAAGUCAUCGCAACGGUCUCCACAAAGGCAAAGGCAGCUGUCGCAACUGCUGCAGGGGCCGACAAGGUCAUUGUGAGUGACUACAGUGACUUUGCCACAGAAGUACUCCAGCAUACUCAGAACCGUGGAGUUGCUGCAAUUUUCGAUGGUGUUGGGAACCGGACCUUUUUGCAAGGCUUUCGCUGCCUGCGCCCUCGCGGGGGUAUGGUUCUUUUUGGGGCUUCCAGCGGCUUUCCACCGAGUGUGGAUCUGUCAGUGUUGGCAGGCUCCAAGUUCCUUGUGAGACCAAGCCUUUUCGACUUCAUAGCUGAGGAGUCAGAGUUGAGAACACGGGCAGCUGCUAUCAUGGACUGGCUGCAGGCCGAACAGCUCAACCUGCAAAUGACCGUGCUCCCACUGGCAGAUGCUGCCGAAGCGCUGCGCCAACUACAAUCAAGGGAAAGUACUGGCAAGCUUCUCCUCAAAGUUGGGCCUGUGGAGGCCUCUGCUGAGCUUUAGCCACAACCGUUCAAAGACGAAGCGUCCAGCCGGCAAAGCCGAGCAAAAAGAUCAGUGCCAAAGCUCUAGUGAUGCUGAGUUUGAUGCUGCAAGGGC